GUGGGCGUGCUCGGUGCUGAGCUACUGCUGGGGGAGGGGACUGGGGUCGAGAAACUGCGGCGGCCGCCGUGGGAGACGUUAGCCGCUGUCUCAGGGAGCUGAGGGGCCUCCCACCUCCCACCCUCGUCCGCCCCGGCGGACGGCGACGAGGGCCGUGUGGCCGCCGCGCGUCUCUGUGCUCGCCCUGUCUCCCGUCCACGGGCGCGCGGCGUCCGCCAUGGAAGCACAUCCGGCUGUCGCCGGGGUCUCCGGGCUACGCGUCCCCGGCUCUCCGGAGCGAUGAGGGGGUAGGGGCGCCCUGCGUCGCGCCUUGCCGCGCGCCCCGCGGGUCCGGGAGCGAAGGAGGGCCCCCUCCACCCCCGCACCGCCCCCGUCCCGCCCCCUGGGGGCGCUGCCGAGGGGGCGCCCGCCGCCCUUGCCGCCCAGCCGCCCCCCGCGCCCGCCGCUGAAGCCCAGCACGCGCCACCGGCCCGCCCGCGCCCGCCGCUCGGCAGCCCGGCGCCGACCGCCGUCCUCCCCCCAAGAUGUGGCACAACAUCGGGCUGACCCUGGUGGUGGUCGUGGCCACGCUGGUGAUCGUGCUGCUGCUGAUGGUGUGCGGUUGGUAUUUCGUAUGGCAUCUUUUUUUAUCAAAAUUCAAGUUUCUGCGGGAACUGGUGGGAGAUACAGGAUCUCAGGAGGGAGAUCAUGAGCCGUCGGGCUCUGAGACGGAAGAAGACACUUCGUCAUCUUCUCACAGGAUCAGAUCUGCUCGGCAAAGAAGGGCACCUGCUGAUGAAGGCCACUGACCCUCGCUCUAGUCCUGUACCAAUGAAGGAUGAAAGGCAGUGGGGAGCCUCUGUCUUUAAUGACCGGGCUAUACAGUUUGGUAAAAGAUGGAAGAACAUUUUUACUUGGAUUUUAAGUCCAAUUAAAAGAAAAAAAGAUUUCUAAUGUUAAGCCAUAUGAAAAUAAAGGGAAUUAAAACCAAAUCAGACCAUUGCAGAUUUCAUCUUAAAGGUAAUCUUUUGCUUUACUAGCUUUCUACCUGCAUACUUACUCUCUGGCUCCCAGUUUAUUACCUUGCACUGGUGUGUCUCUGGUAAACAUUACAUGCUUGAAAAACCGUAUUUUAUCGAUUCUGUAAUGUAUGUUGUGUUUUUGUUUUUGUUUUCACAUUUUACCUUAUCCGAAAUUGGGAUGUAUCUCGUAAUUACUGUGAACCAGGAGAGGGUCAUGAUGUGAUUAUCCCAGCCUGUGUGUGUGUGAACUUGCUAACAGCUAACAGCAUCGUCACGGUAUUGUUCGUACCAAAUGUGUCAGGUUUAAUUGGCAUUUAAAGAUGUCUUCAAAAAGAUUGCACUAUGAUUCAGCAUUGAAACGAAAAGUGAUUGUGUACGCAGAAAAGCAUGGAAACAGAGCCGCGGGGCGUACGUUCGGGACUAGUGAAGCAAAUGUCCGGCGCUGGAGGAAUGACCGCCAUUCCAUAUUUUCUUGUAAAGCGACAACAAAAUGCUUUACGGGACCCAAGAAAGGAAGAUACCCACAAGUAGAUGAAGCCGUACUGUGUUUUGUCAGUGAGAUGCAUGCACAAGGAUUGCCUGUCACGUGCCAAGCAAUGCGAUUGAAGGCAGGAGAAAUGGCCAGAACCCUGGGGGUCGACGAAACAAAGUUCAAAGCGACAAGAGGCUGGUGCGAUCGGUUCCUGCGCCGAGCAGGGUUAUCUUUAAGGCAUCAAACAUCGUUUUGCUCCAGACUUUCUGCUGACAGGAAACAGAAGACGGGGGUGGGGCACUCUUUCAAGAAACGCGGCAUCCCCAGUGCGCUCAGUGACACCAAGAGUGCUUGCUGUUCUGUAGAAGAAUGUGGACGUCGAUGGCUGUGGUCUGAGCAGUGAUUCAGAAGAGUUGGACUCAGAAUAUGAGGUUAUAGUUAUAACCUAACCACUUACUUCACACCUUCUUUAUGCACAAGAUUGAUGUGUUAAAAAUCUGCUUAAAACCAUUUCAAUAAAUAUAAACAUUCUACACACUAUGAGAGCAUCGUGUCAGUUUCAUUGCCUGUUAUUUCUUAGUGAUACAUAUGGUGCAUCUUGCAGUUGAUGGGAUCUUAAAUAAAAAAUAGUUUGUAAAUUUAUUUUUCCUUGUGAGGUAGCAGUUAUUUAUUGGGGCACUUAAUCCUGCCUCUUACAAUGCUGUUAAAAUAGUUAUCCUCUAUGAGAUAGUUGGGUUUUUUGGGAUUUUUUUUUUUUUUUUUGCAACAUAUUCAAGAUUUUAUAGCAGUGACUUAGCCUAAGAAUGGUCUUCUACUUCAGGAGAGCAGGAUUCGAUUCUCCCUUUAUGUGGGAGGGCUUCACACUCAAGGCAUGUGUUGUGGAGAAGGUCCUUCUUCACAGACAAUUCAGUGACGAGACCUCAGAGGUCCUGGGUACCAAGGAAAACAGAAUGGGUGCAAAUGCCCACUUCACUGGAAAAGAACUUGCCAGGUACCCGUGUUUGUCUUCACUAAAACUUGGACUGAAUGUUCACCAGGGAAGAGAGAGAUGGAUUCAACAACCCUUCCUGUUCAGUGUUACCACUCUGCUCAAGAGUGGAUUGCAAAGCCAAUUUCUUUUAUGAAUCCAAGUUCCUUUUUGUGUGUGUGUUUACCCUUUUUUCCCUUAAGAACUAGCCAUCACAGGACAUUACCUCUAUGUUAUGAUGGUGUAUGAUACCUCAUACUCCAUGCUGAUGGUUUUGUCAACAGACCACUUGCACUCCUGAGGUAUGCCUCUGCCGUCACUAGUCCUUUGGUCUUACACUGAAAGGGAAUUUAUAGAGCAUGCACUUAAUUUUAAACAUUUGCUGGGGAAAGAUCCCCAGCUGCCCAGAGUGGGGCAUAAUCUUUCUGUCAUUUCCUUACUGGAUGCAUUUUUCUCUUAUUCUGUGACUAUAGGGAUUAAUAGAACAGUGACCCAAGUUUCAGGCAUGCAUUUUAGUGCUUCAUACCACCUGGAUAUCAAAUUUAAAAUGGUCCUCAGAAAAAUGAAUGCCUAAAAUCUUCUUGGUAUAGGAGGCUAUUUAAUGAGAUCUUUCAUAGUCUAAAACUUGGAGCUGUGGAUUCUGCUUUAUAGGGGAUACCUUGGAUUUAGGUGAUAAUAGUGGUUGAAAAACCUUAAAUAACAAGUGAGCUUCUGUACUAUUUCAGUAUUAAGGAAUGAUGGUUUCUCUAACCCCACAUAACCUGCAAGGGUCAUCAUAAUACUACAGAUGAAUCCACGGCGGGGGGGGCGGUGUAUGUGUUGGUAUUAUUUAUUAACAUUUAUGUUUCAAGGAUAUCUUUUUUAGUAGAAUUUAAGGAAGGAAAUGUCCUGUUUAACUUGUUUGGAAAAUAUAUCCAAAAGCAUGUUAAUCUCUAACACCCCACCAUGUUUUAAUUUCUCCUCAGAGAGUCAAAAGAAAACACUGGUGCCAAUAUGAAAAUUCUAUAAAUGAACUUCUUCUAAAACAUGUAGUGUUCUCUUGGACUCCCUGCCACCCCCCCCCCCCCCAGUAACACUCAACAUAGUACAUAUUCCUAUGGCCACUGAGAAAGGCAAGAGGAAUAGUAACACAAUUAUCUGUGUGGUACAGUGUUUUGUUCCUUUUCCUAGUUUAGUGCUUUUGUAACUGCUCUCAGCCAGGACUUUCCAAGUACCUUCGCAGUUUCUCAGUGAGAGACAGACUGGCCUGGGGUUAAUUUUGCAGUUUGGAAAGAUGCUGAGCAUUAAGAGCACAUACAAGUAUCUGUCUUGUCAGAAUGCUCACUAACGGUGAUGGCCAUCAUCUGUGCCAUCUUUUGAGGAUAAAUUCUAAAAUCCAGGACUUUCAGCAGUGUUGUUUCAUGUUCUUAACCAAUUUCCCGCAUCUCUGUCUCUGAAACUUUUGUAAAAAUUGCCUGUAUUAAACAUACUGGUUUGCAUCGCUCUGAUUUAAACGCCAAAAAACCCUGCUAAAUAUUAAUGUGGCACUGUUCAGUGAGGUUUUUAAUAUAUAGGUUAAGCUAAAAAUAGAAUUCAUCCCAUGGAUUUUGUAAUGUUGUUUUCAUGGUGGAAACAUUAAAUAAGUUGUUUUGGUGAAUAGCUAAUUCACAUAUGUGCUGACCCAUUUCUUUAGAUGAUACUAGGUUUAAAAACCACUUCUAACUCUUACUUUGCGGAAAGGAGGGAAUAUAUUUGCCGAGAGGUGGGUGAACGAUAUUCAUGGUUUCACAAGAAGUUAUUUUAAACAAAAUGUGUCAAAAGAUUUGAAAGUAGUACAUUUUUAUUGUUAGGAGCAACCUAUUUUGACAUUAUUUUAAGGCAACAGUGCAGUAUUUUUUAAAGUCUGUCUUUCUUACGAGGUAUGUUUUAAUGUAACAUGUAGCCUGUGUAACUUUAGAUUUUUGACCAGUAAACUUAAAGUGCUUUUAUAUUUAAAGUCGACUUUAAAAAGGUAAGGUUAUAGACUUUCAAGCAACUAAUGGAAUAGUAUUUUGUUAUGGAGUCUAGAAUUAAAGCGACAUGUAUGGUUGGCUUUUAAAGUAUCCGCUAUAGCUUUUAAAGCAUAAAGAAUGCCAUUUUAUCUUACUAAGUUACAUUUUCCAUUUGUUAAUGUGUGCUGCCUAUCUUAUGACUGGUGUUCGAUGUUACACUCCAAGUUAUUAUGACCGUGUUUGAUGUUACACUCCCAAGUUAAUUCUGCACUUAACCAUUCACCAAAUACUGCUGCUGUGGUUUCUUACUGGAAACAUUCUGUGCUGUGCUAUGAUGCAUUGUCAUUCAGCUGCUUGACAAAUAGGUUUAUAAGGAAUUAGAAUUGUGUGCGUUAAUAGUAGCUUUAUAUAAAAAAAUGUAAAUUCAGAGUUAAGCAAUGUGUGUAAAUGAUCAUUCACUGUUUUUGUUUUGGAACUGGUCAGAACUAUACCUAAGCUUCUGUGGUUUGUUUGAUGUUUUUAACUUUCACUUUAAACUGCACAGAAUAAAUUAAAAUGAAAACAGAA